GUACCCCAAAGGAAAGACGGAGAUGUGGCCAUUGGGGUGUACAGGAACGCGCAGAUGACGUCGUAUCGAUACAUGUUUGAGAAGAUUAGCGAAGUUGCUGAUGCACACGACUACCGUAUCGAGCGAUUAGGUAUCAAUGUACUAUGCAAACGUCACAAGAUUCUCGAAACCAGCCAUCUGCGCUUGGCCCGCCAGCAACCCGUGCAUGUGAUUGGACGCGUUUCCUGUGAUAGCGAAGGAAGGCUCAACGACAAGUCCCUAAUACUCGAGGGCACACGCGAGGAGUCUAAUGGCGAAAGAGUCCCGUUAGAUAUGACCGACAUGGCUGCUUUCUCUCUUUUCCCAGGCCAG